AGUCAGAGAGACAAAUAGUGAAGUGCAGAGGAGAGCAACAGGCAGUCGUCUCCAGAGAGAGCCUGAGAGCAAUGACCAGUCCACUGACAACAACUCAACAUCCGGACAGUAAGGAAGAGGGAGGUUUUUCAUACUGCAGCCUGCCCCGGGGCCUCAGAAAUCAUCUGCCUUCUUCACAGCAAUGCCUGCACCACACACUGAACCAAGGACAAAGUUUCUUCACUGCAUGUAGCCUGAUUUGCACAUGGACACUGUAAGUCCUCUAUGCCUUUCCACCUUUAACCUUCUGGAUCAAGGGAUACAAUUUGAAGUUUCACUGUCCACUCUUUUCUGAAGUUGCUUGAAAGUUUCCAUGCAAGUCUUGUAAAUAUGUUGCCUGUGGUUUUCGUGACAUGGUGGGUCUGGGUGUUGCUUGGAAGCGUAGGGGGACAGUCCCAAUCUCAACAUCAAUCUCAGACUGACGACUCAAACCCAUGGAGACAGAUGAUUCAAUGGGAGAACAAUGGACGUGUGUUCAGUCUUCUCAACAGUGGGGCUGAGUACGUCCCGGCUCGGGCUCAGGAGCGUGACAGGAACCCCCGAGUGCUUUUAGCAGACGCUCCCAACCGUCGAUCACAGGGUGGGAAUGUACGAAGGCAAGCACCCUCCAGAGGAAGCUCUGAGACUGUGAGAGGUCAAGCCAGACAUCCGUUUGGGUUUGGCCAGGUGCCGGACAACUGGCGUCAAGGUGCAACUGGAACAGGUGAAACAAGUCGCUUCCAGUCAUCUACCGGCUCUCGCUUUAGGCCAUCCUCUGGCUCAUCCUCCUCCUCCUCCUCAUCCUCCUCCUCCUCAUCCUCUUCUUCUUAUCCACAGUAUCUGUUCCCUCAACAACCUCCUCAUGACUCGGUUCUGGACAGGUCAUACGAACCUCCCUUCCGUGGAACGGGGUACUCCACUGGCACUGGUGGUGGCUAUGCAGGAGGAGGAUAUGGAGGAGGUGGGUACUCUACUGGAAGUUUUGGAGGAGGUAGCUAUAAUGGAGGGGGUCCUGCAACCGAAGACAGGUAUCGAUACUAUCCCCCUUAUGGUCAACCAUACCAAGCUGUUCCUGCUCAGCCUGCACAGCCACUGGUCUCUGAUGGAUUGGACCACAGGUACACACACAGUCUGUACAACGAGGACACUCGAGAUGCUGCAGUACCUGUCUCUAGCAACACAGGCUCAUCGUUCCAGCCUGCGGUGCAAAGCCCCCAGUAUGAACAGUUUCCCCCCUUUGGAAGGCCCCAACCACAGCCUCCGUUUGUGCAACCACCUCCACGCAACCCUCUCAUCUCUAACAACGCAGAGAGCCCGAACAUGAAUGCAGGGAGUGUUUAUCGUCCUCAGCAAAGAGGUUUGCCUGACCUGGUUCCUGACCCGAAUUAUGUCCAAGCCUCCACAUACAUUCAAAGAGCCCAUAUGUACUCCUUACGCUGUGCUGCAGAGGAGAAGUGUUUGGCCAGCUCCGCCUAUAGUGCCGAAACCACAGACUACAGUGUCAGGGUUCUUCUGCGCUUCCCUCAGAGAGUGAAGAACCAAGGGACGGCUGAUUUCAUGCCCAACCGACCUCGUCACACCUGGGAGUGGCACAGCUGUCACCAACAUUACCACAGUAUGGAUGAGUUCAGUCACUACGAUCUGUUAGAGGUCAGCAGCGGCCGGAAGGUGGCGGAGGGACACAAGGCCAGCUUCUGUCUGGAGGACACGACCUGCGACUUCGGCCAUCUCAAACGAUACGCCUGUACUUCACACACCCAGGGUCUCAGUCCAGGCUGCUAUGACACAUACAAUGCAGAUAUUGAUUGCCAAUGGAUUGACAUCACUGAUGUUCAGCCAGGAAACUAUAUACUCAAGCUCCAGGUUAACCCGAAGUACUUGGUGCAUGAGUCAGACUACACAAACAAUGUAGUCAGGUGCAAUAUCCACUACACGGGCCGCUUUGUCAAGACAACAAACUGCAAAAUCUCCCAGUCAUGAUCUGUCAGAUCCGGAUGAAUCUCCAUGGAAGCACUGGUCCAUUGCAAUGUGAAUGGAAUUCCUGGUUCUGUUGUGAUUGUUUAUUGCAUUUGUCCCGUUCCCGUAUUUGUGCCGUUCUUGUGAAGCUGGGAGGAACGAGCACACAUAAUAUCAUGCAAAACCAAACACACACUGAGGAAUCCCAUACUUCACACACACCACAGACCAUUGUCUAUUUUCCUUCCAGCCACCCCAUUAACCCUGGUUUUUCAUUAAAACACACACUCGCUGCCCCCAAUUAAGUCUAAUUCCUUCACCAUUUUUAAGUGGGUUACAUCGCUGGAAUGCAAAGUGAGAUCAGGCAUGGCACUGUUGAACUGUAAUUCUGUCAUUCAGAUCAGGAAAAUCAGCAACUGGAAACAAUCCUCCUUUUUUCCAAGCCUCUCUCUUUGUCUGUGCCACUUUAGCGAAGGUGCAAUACUGAAGAAAGAGUCGUAUGAGAGAACGGCCUGCCAGUCAGUCAUCCUCCAGCUAACCAAUUAAGUAAAAAGUGGUUUUAGUUUGAAUGAGGGACCUGGAAGAAAAAAAUCGCUUUGGGAUUAAAGCACUUUGAAUAAAUGCCUUGAAUCCAAAAGCUGGAGGCAGUUUAUCAAGGUGUUUUACCUUGGAGGUUUAUUAUAUUCUUUUACUUAACCUGCUGUGAUUUACAUUAAAUUGGAUUGUAAUGUUGCCUUGUAUGUCAGUCCACUGAUAAUGCAAUAAAGCAAACUACUUAAAUUCAGGCCAUACUUCAGAUGUUCCCCUACAAGCAGCUGAAGCUCUAUCCGUUUGGUUUUCUGUGAUUAAAUGAAUAGUUCAGGUUCAAUACAAGAAUUAACAGACAGAAUGUGUGGCAUAAUGUUGAUUACCACCACAAAUAAUUUACAAGUAAUUACACUGAACCACUUGCAAUGAAAGUAAAUGGGGCAAAUAUUUGGAUGAUUUGAAACCUUAUGCAUUUGUAAAAGCACUUACAUUAAUUCUUCUGUUAAAAAUUGUGCAUCAUUUGAGCUGUGAUUUUAGCAUUGUCAUGGCAAUGAAAUUGUAAAAUUGGAUGUAACUUUACGCAGAAAAAAACCAUGCAUAUUAUGUACAUCUUGUGGCUUUACUAUUGAAAGUGCUUCCAUUGUAAGUGAUUUAAAAUUGUAAUGCUUUUUAAAGAAAAAGUUUUUUUUUUAUCAACAAUAAUUAUGCAUUUACUGCAUUGCAUUCAAGAUUCAAGGCAUGCACUUUAUCAGUUCAUGCAUUCGCUGGGAAUUGAACCCAUGACAUUGCUGUUGAUCUACAUUUACAUUUGCAUUUGACAGACGCUUUUAUGCAAAGUGAUUUACAAUGCAUUCAGGAUAUGAAUUUUAUCAUGUUUUGACAUUAACAUUUAUGCAUUUGGCAAACGCUUGCAUCCAAAGUGACUUACAUUGCAUUUAAGGUAUGCAUUUUAAAAGUCAACACAUUCCCUGGGAACUGAAACCAUGACCCUGCUGCUGAUAGUGCCAUGAUCUACAUUUACAUUUAUGCAUUUACCUUUUAUCCAAAAAAGACUUGCUUUGCAUUCAAGGCAUGCAUUGUAUUAGCAUUCCCUGGGAAUCAAACCUAUGACCUUGCUAUUGCUAACUGUAUGAUCUACAUUUACAUUUAUGCAUUUGGCAAAUGCUUUCAAGCAAAAUGAAUUACACUGCAUUCAAGACAUGCAUUUUUUUCAAUCAGUGCAUUCCCUGAGAAUUGAACCCAUGACCUUGCUGUUACUAACUGCAUGAGAUACAUUUACAUUUAUGCAUUUACCAGACAGUUUUAUCAAAAAAAAAAAAAAAGAAUUGCAUUGCAUUCAAAGAAUGCAUUUUGUCAGUUCAUCCAUUCCCUGGGAAUUCUAAUGCCAUGAUCUGUUAUGUAAGCUGCAGAAACAUUAUGUCACAAGUGCUGUCGUAUUGAAGCCAGGAAUAUUCCUCGAGUGUUAAGCUUGUCAACCGUCCUUUGUGAGAUUUACUUGUACUGACGCCCAUGUUGGAAUGUAUCUAUUGUUUCAUUAAUUGCCAACACUGGUCAGCUGCCACAGGUCGCCAUAUAUGAUACAAUUAACCCACUGAUGCAUGCCAUUAUCUAGGUAAGAAAUGAAUUUAUUUUAUCAUAUCAUAUUCAUACCCACUGUUCUCAUGUACUGUGUGGAGGGAAAUGCUGUACUUGCUGUGUUACACUCCAGGAAUUCAUAUUUCUUUGUAUCUGAAAUUGAGAUUUAUGCCUUGAACAUUAAAUCGAACACAGACUUAGUUGAUACUACUGUUGCAAAGCUAACAUUGCAUAACCUGAUGUUACUGACAAUCUUAAUUCAAUCCGUACCUACCUCGGAAAGAGAAAGUUAAACAUAUGCAGUGAAAAAGAGCUCCUUAUGAGGCUACGCUUGAAGAGCUCUAAACGACAAACAUCCUACACAUAUGCUAUAAUCUAAUAAAUUCAGUUAAAUGCAUACAAAACAAGCUUUCUGUGAGGGUCGUCGGAUGUGUGUGAAUGGAGCGUGUGUUGUGAUGCAUCACACGCUUUUCAACCAAAGCUAAAUGAAUUCCUUUCUGUGGUGAGCAGUUCUUUUAUUAUGAAAACAUGUUACAGUGUUUUCCAUUAUCAAGAUCCAGAUCAAAUGCAGAACAGACUUGUCUUAUCGUAUCUCUUUAUACUCUGCAUAAAUGAAUAUUAUAACAUUGUUUAUAGUGUAGACAGUAAAUUUGUGUCUGGUUGCUAUCUGCUUUUGUGUAUAUCAAUCUCUUUGAGUUGUUGUUAUCAUUGUUGUGGUUGUCGGUUUUAUUUUUUGUGCUCUGAAUCAUCUUAGAGUUCAUACUGGAUCUUUAAAUAAAGACUGAAGUGUAUACCA